AUGCACAUAUAUGUGUAUAGGACACUAUUUACUCGUUUGGAAACAAAAGAAACGAGCCGUUAUAUUAAGAAGAAGAAGAAGAAGUCAAAGAAAGAUGGCUGUGUAGAAGAUGAUGUUCAUCGAGAGAGAGAACUGAUAUUGAUCUUGGUUAUAAGUUUCGGUGAAUGUGAAGAGAAAGAGAGAGAGAGAAUGCACUCAUUUGAAGUAUAUGAACCAGCCGUUAAACGAGAAUAUGACCCAUGCUCUAAGAUCCACAUGAACUUCGACAGUGGACUUUUCCACGUGCGAAAACGACAGGAGCCAGAGUCAAACAAUGCCAGGGUGUACGAACUUGAGGCACGUGACGACAUCAGUGGCUCAACGGUCUUAUUCAGAAUCAGCAGCAAACUAUUGGCACGUGACAAAGAACCGACCCCACCCACCAAUCAUUUUGCUCCCUUGUCUCCUUCCUCUAUCCUUACCCCCAAAAACAAGUCUAGCUUUGAUUAA